UCAAUUCACUAAUUCCACUUCCUACCAACUCCUUCCCUUUUCAUUCACCAUGUAUGCACAGUCAAGCACUGCAUCACCUCUUCCCUCACCUUCUUCAUUCUUCCCCGAAGUCACUGAAUUCGAGACCCUCUCCCAACUCAACAAUUCUGAGACCAGUUACUACUACAAUAGUAAUUGUAGCAGUGGCUAUAGCAGUUACGGUGGAUCACCCUCACCUACACCUACUUCUGUGCCCAGUCCCAACUUGAUGCAGAGGAGUGUUAGCUCCCAUUCCUUCCACUGCAACAACAAUGGCACCCAUCAUCCCUUUUCUGCUCUCUUUGCUGAGCUGCUCGACUCCGAUGUCGAUGCUCCCGUUAGGAGAGUUUGCAGUACUGGUGAUCUCCAGAAGAUUAAUGGAAUGCAACAUAAUCAUCACUCGGAUAGUCCGUUAUCGAGCGAAAGUAGUAUGAUCAUAGAAGGAAUGAGCAGAGCCUGUCGAUAUAGCCCAGAGGAGAAGAAAGUCAGAAUUGAGAGAUACAGAAGCAAGAGGAACCAGAGGAACUUCAACAAGAAAAUUAAGUAUGCUUGCAGGAAGACAUUGGCAGACAGCAGGCCACGCAUCAGAGGACGGUUUGCGAGGAACGACGAAAUUGACAAGAAUACUACACUUCAGUGGAGCCAAAUUGGUGCUGGAGAGGAAGAGGAUGAAGAAGAUGAGAAUUGGGUCACUAUGUUAGAUUCCUUAGUUGCUGCAAAUUUUGCACAAGAGUCUCACGGCACCUCCACCUUUGGUCUAUUCUAUUAGAAUAAUUUCAUGUGUUGUAACCUACUUCUUGUUCAGUUUGUUUUCCAUGUUCAAAGUAUUGUGGUUCCCCUUUUUAUUUAGUUUAGAUCAAAGUAGUAAUGUAAAUAUAGUUAUUUUGAGUCGUCUAUGCAUAAUGCAAUUAUUAGACUUUUUAGUCUAGGGUGAUGUUUUUGAGUGCCCUGUAACUUUUUUUUAUAGGAUUCAGCAGCAAUGAAUUGUUGGAUCAAAACUUUUGCAA